CUUCCAGCACCAGAGAUGUUUUUCUUGCUUUAUGUGACAAGCUUUGCCAUUUGUACCAGCGGACAACCUCGGGGUCAUCAGUUCAAAGGAGACGGCUACUCCCCAAGAUACAUCUGCAGCAUCCCUGGCUUACCUGGACCCCCAGGCCCACCUGGAGCAAAUGGCUCCCCUGGGCCCCAUGGUCGCAUCGGCCUCCCGGGAAGAGAUGGGCGAGACGGCAGGAAAGGAGAGAAAGGAGAAAAGGGGGCGGCAGGUCUGAGAGGGAAGACCGGACCGCUGGGUCUUGUUGGAGAGAAGGGAGAUCAAGGAGAGACUGGCAAGAAAGGACCCAUGGGGCCAGAGGGAGAGAAAGGAGAAGUGGGUCCUGUGGGGUCUCCUGGACCGAAGGGAGACAGAGGGGACCCCGGGGACCCCGGGCUGCCUGGAGUCUGCAGGUGUGGGAGCAUCGUACUCAAGUCAGCCUUCUCCGUGGGCAUCACGACCAGCUACCCAGAAGAAAGGCUGCCCAUCAUCUUUAACAAGGUCCUCUUCAAUGAGGGCGAGCACUACAACCCCGCCACCGGGAAGUUCAUCUGCGCCUACCCAGGUGUCUACUACUUCUCUUAUGACAUCACGUUGGCUAACAAGCACCUGGCCAUCGGACUGGUACACAACGGAAAGUACCGGAUACGGACCUUCGACGCCAACACGGGCAACCACGACGUGGCCUCGGGGUCCACGGUCAUCUACCUUCAGCCAGAAGAUGAAGUGUGGCUGGAGAUCUUCUUCACAGACCAGAACGGGCUCUUCUCUGACCCAGGCUGGGCAGACAGCUUGUUCUCUGGCUUCCUGCUAUACGUUGACACGGAUUAUCUGGACUCCCUAUCAGAAGACGACGAACUGUGA